AGUUCCUGGUUUAAUUGGUGCUAUGGUUCAUCAGCUAAUUAGUUGAUUAAACACAAUCAAUAAGGAUGCAAUUCUCAAUCUUAAUACUUGUGUCAACGUGCUUUAUAAUUGUUAACGGUAAUGGUCCAGUUCGGCCAAAGGUUAACGUUAAAUUAGAUGAUCGAUUACAAUUUGUUAAAAAUUCAAAUGGACAAAUUAAACUUGUUCUGAAAGAUCAUGGCCUGAGACCCGAUCAGUCUCAGGGUGAAUUCAAGUUUCCUACGGAGAUCGAAACAGUCGCUGAACUUGCUGAGCGUGAACGGGAACGUGAGGCAGAGCGUGAGUUGGAACGUGAACGUGAACGUGAACGAGAAAGAGAAUAUGAAAGAGAACGAGAACGAGAACGAGGUUUUGGUCGUGGUCGAGAUCGGGAGCGAGAACGUGAACGAGAACGAGAGCGAGAACGUGAACGUGAACGAGAACGUGAGAGAGAAUUGGAACGAGAGAAAGAGAGAGAACAAGCAAAAGCGAAACAACUUGAACUACUAGAAAGAGAACGGCAAUUGGAACUAGAACGGGAAAAGGAACAGGAUCUAGGAUCGAUCUUGUCAUUUUCUAAAGGACCAGAAAUUUUACCCGGUCUUUCAGUUAAGUUAUCCCAAGAUGACCUUUCAUCCGACUCUGAUGAUUCUGAUAACUCCGAUAACUCUGAUAACUUGGACAACACCAACAACAACAAAGGUCCCGCUAUUGACAUUAACCCGAUGCAAAUAACAGCGUCGGUGGUCAAUCCAACGCUUCCACCGCUCUUACAGAUGAUCAAAUUUUACCUUAAAUUAAUUUGUGAAGGACCAAAUAAGCAAUUUAAGAACAUGAAACUCUAUGGCAAUUAUGGUUUCAACAAAUUUUGUGAUGAACGUAAUUGGACAGAAACAAUUCUCACUAAUCAAUUCAAUCAAUUCCUAAUGUUUAUUCAAAGUCAAAUUCCCAAAAUUGGAUUAUCAAUCUAAUCAAUGAUAAUAAUAAUGUUCCAAUAACAAUUUGUGUUAAUCCAAAUGUCAAAUUUUAUCAAACAAUUUAAACUUGAAAAACUUUCAAACGAAAUGAAAUCAAAUCAAAAUCAUUAACUACUUUCAUCAUUUUCUGAUUAUCUUUUUUCCAACCAAAUGAGAAAAUAAAACUAAAUUAAAACUAA